UUUUUCCCAGGGAACUGUUUUAGAAAAGGAUGUCAACAAAUGGGUAAUGAUGAUCACUGCUACUGUGAAGAUAUGAGCAAUCCUUACAGAUUCAGAUUCCGCCCCGAAUUCAAGAAUUCGUGGUACGUGCUUGCAGCACACUCAUUUUACCCAUCGAUUCCUACUAGCCCCUAUAAUUUCAGCGAAAGAUUUGAUGUUUCAAAUCCACCAGGAAUGUUUUUUCGCGGGGAACUGUAUGCCUUCUGCGUGCAAACAAAUGAGUAACGAUGAUCACUGCUACUGUGUGGAUAAGAGCAAUCCUUUCAGAUUCAGAUUCCGCCCCGAAUUCAAGAAUUCGUGGUACAUUCUUGCAGCAUACUCAUUUCACCCAUGGGUUCCUAUUAACCCCUAUAAUUUCAGCGAAAGAUUUGAUGUUUCAAAUCCACCAGUGGAACUGAGAAAUGAUGCAUUUUUGGCCUCCACCAACGGAAAACUCCACUUGCAAGCAGAACUGGUCAUUAUAAUCAUGGGAGCGGUGUACGCUUUGAUCAUGUCCUUGGAAAUGCCAAUCAAAGAAAUAAUUUAGUCGAACGUGCGAAUGAUUAGCUAUUUGAUCAGAAGUGUUGUAAUUUAGCUCUAAAAAUGUUGUUGAGCUAAAUUCAAUAAUGAUAUUUGAUUUUUUUCUAACUCUAAAAACACUUUUGUGAUAGUUAAACUAGGUUUAAUAAAUAAGUAUUGUUGUGCAGCCAUCAAUGAUGAAUUAUCUGAUAGUUUAAAAGUCAUUUUGGGGUUAAUUUAUUUUACAAAAAUCAUCUUCAACAACAAGAAUCCUGUACUAAUGUACUGAAAAUAUGGUUUACUAAUAUAAUAUAGCAACAAAUUGAAAGAGGAGUUAUUGCCGUCAGUCAGAGGUGUAGGAUAGAGGAAGUUAGGGGUAGAGUAAGGUUUUGACAUGGAUUUUUAUUUCCAUCUAAGUGCGUUUUAAACUAAAAUUGAUUAACCGACGAAAACAUCUUUUG